AUGUCGUCGACCGUGCGGCUGGGAAGUCUGCGACUGAGCCAUCCCAAGAAUCAGCUGCACAUCGAAUCCACCACCUAUGUUACAACACGUUCAUCACAAGACUCGUCUGAGUCAGACCUACGCGCUAACAGCUCGGCUCAACUGACCUCAGGAUCCGCGUGGCUCUGGAGGCAAUUGGGACUUGAAGCCACUCUACCAAUACUCCCAUCACAACAUGAACCGGACCCUGGUGGGGCCAGCGACAUCAUCAUCAAACUCGCUCAUUCUAGCUACAAUGAUUCUCCACAAACACAAUUGCCUCACUCUUUAUCAGCCAAAGACGUCAAACCACCUGACGGUGUUCAUGUCAUUGGCCUGGAAGUCGUGAGAUUCCUAAUUCACGUAUCAUCGACUAAGCAGCAGUCCCUUAAGCGGAAACGAGGCGUUGAAGAGCUUGGAUUUGACCAGUCGUAUGAUCAUAAUGGGGAUUAUUCUGGCCUCGGCCGAAUCAUAGCUGCAAAAGGUGAAGAGGCGGACGUUCUCAUGUUACACGGCUUGGAAGAUCCUUGUUUACUGGGCGAGGCUGGAAGACUCUUCACAGGGUUAGCUAACCCAUCUUGUGUCGACCUACCGGUACGGUGGCCAUCUUUCAGCCCCAGUAAAUUCCACAACGUUGAGCCGCUACCCACGGAUGACCGAAUAGGGAAUCAACGUGCGGAGCAGCACGAGCAGGAUGCAUGUGACAUCGGCCGCUUACUGGAGCUGAUAGAUGCCGUUCUACGUUUGACAAUCUGCGACAAGCGCUCCAAAAUCCCUCAACUUGUUUCAGGCCUCCAAAUUCACCAGGAUGACUUCUCAACCAAGCUCUCAACUGCUGCUCCAAGCAUAUGGAGUCCUGGAUACCUCAAGGCUGUUUCGGCACAGGCUGUAUUUCUGCCCACGAUCGCUCACGCACUAUCGACCUCACUUCUGUCCAAUGCAAGGUCAGAAACUUUGAAGCAGAAAAUAGAGAAGCUGAUUAAACAAGAUAUACAUGUGAACAACUCUGGACAAAAGUCAAUGAAACCAAUUCCGAAGGCUGCCUACAAGACGGUAUCCGUGGGGCUCUGGACCAUUUUGCAACAGCAACUGUUCGACCCUACGUCUACAAAGCACCUCAAGGCACUCAACUCGAAGGGCACUGAUUUCGAAGUCAUGGAAAAGAACGAAGACGGUAUGCUUGAAUCAGAAUGCACUUUCGAGGACGAAGAUAUGCUGUAUUGGCAAGCCACACCACAAUCGGAAUUUUCAGACGAUACACUCCUUUGGGAACACGAAGAUGAAGAAUUUGAUAACGAAGGUGACGACGACUUGGAACUUCUUCAUGAAUUCGAUCACCCCAAAAAAGGCUUUGCAUCACUUAUAUUUAAUACCACCAAAGUCGAGCCAGAUUCCAGGUCAGACAGCAUCCUGAGUAGUUGUAUGGACACUGAAGAAGAAGAGAAUCAGCCGACAAAUACGACAUUCCGUCUGGAUGAUAACUCGACCAAUUUACCGCUCGAGGAAGGCAUGUGGCUUGGUGGGCUUGGUGGGCUUGGUAAAAGUCAAACCCAAAACAAUGAAUGCUUGGUUGCGGAUGCAGAUAUAUUGUUUAAUAUCGAUACCUGAAACAUUAAGACUGGAGUCCUUGUAAUGGUGAUUGAUGGGUGGGAGGCGUUUGGCGCGUGGCUGCGGAGAUCGGGGGGCUUUGUCCUUUGGGAAUUAGGCGCGCAUGUGGCAGAUGGCGCAUGUGGCAGAGGAUCAAAGCAUAAAUAUACUUACAACAAAAACCCGGUCAUUGUGUUACCAGUGGCAGAACAAGGGUGAGCGAGAUGAAGUCGGAGUCCGCGAAGCCACGAUCGCCAUACUUACAUGGCGCUACAUGUAUGUACUGUGGGCGUCCUGUGUCGAUUGCGCCUUGGACAGAAACCAAUCGGAAGGCCAAGGUCGUGGCCCAGACAUUCAGAUGUCUUCGGAAUGAGACGUCAAGAGGUGCACCGUCG